AUGGCUUCAUCAUCAUCACUUCCAGUGAAACAGGUCCAUGGCUGGCGAUUUUGGGCCGUUUUUCCAGGCCUCUGCUUCUCGAUCCUCCUCGCGGGUCUUGACACUUCGAUCGUAGCCACGGCCCUACCAACGAUCUCCGCAGAUCUCAACACCGGAGCCUUGUACAUCUGGGCUAUCAAUGGCUACUUCCUGACAACGGCGGCAGUUCAGCCGUUGUUCGGUCAAGCAUCAGAUAUCUUCGGUCGUCGAAUUCCCAUGCUGGUAUCCAUCGCUCUCUUCACCCUGGGUAGCGGGCUUUGCGGUGGAGCCAAAAACACGGCCAUGUUGAUUGCUGCACGUAUGAUACAGGGGCUUGGAGGUGGUGGUCUCUUCGUUAUGGUUGAUAUUAUCGUGGCCGAUCUCGUUCCUUUACGCGAUCGUCAGCUCUACAUGUCUAUCGUUAUGGGGACCUUUGCUUUGGGGACAUUCAUUGGACCAAUUAUCGGAGGUGCCAUUGUCACUGAUGCUUCCUGGCGAUGGAUCUUCUAUAUCAACCUACCUAUUGGUGGAAUUGCCUUAGUUUUAGUACUGCUUUUCCUCAAAGUCAACUACAAACGCGAAGGUACACUACGCGCUCGUUUGCAAAAAGUCGACUUUUCAGGAAAUUUCCUCCUGAUGGGCUCUGUCGUUGCUGUCCUGAUCGCCUUGACAUGGGGCGGAACUACCUACACCUGGAACUCGUGGCAUGUUCUCGUCCCCCUUCUGAUUGGCGCUGCUAGCUUGGUGGGCUUUUUCUUUCAUCAAAAGAUUUAUGCUCCAGAGCCGACCAUGCCAGUUCGUCUCUACAGUAACCCCACUUCGUUGAUAUCCUACAUUCUCACUUUCCUUCAUGGUAUUGAGAUGACUUGGCUAAGCUACUUCCUGCCUGUCUACUUUCAGGUUCUUCUUGAAGCCACCCCUCUUCUAUCUGGAGUUUACCUGCUAGCCAUUGUCAUUCCUUUGAUGCCAGCUGGAAUCGCUGGAGGACUGAUCAUUGCUAAGUUUGGGCGUUAUAAGCCGACAAUGAUAGCUGGAUAUGCCCUGCUUUCUAUCGGUGCGGGCUGUCUUACAAUCCUGGAUGCCAACUCAUCGACAGCUACAUGGGUGAUUCUCCAGAUCAUCACCGGAAUUGGGGGUGGCUUGGCCUUGACAGCGACCCUGCCUGCAGUACAGGCACCACUGCCAGAGUCAGAUGUUGCGAUUGCAACAGCCUGUUGGGCCUUUGUUCGCAGCUUUGGUUCUAUUUGGGGCGCAGCAAUUCCGUCAGCCGUAUUCAACUCAAAGGUUGAUAAAAUGCUUGACAAAGUCAGCAAUACCGAAGUUCGAGAACUACUGAAGCGCGGCGGAGCAUAUGAACACGCAACAGCCUCCUUCAUGAAGUCAUUCAACAAUGAUCUUACGACUAAGCAGGAACUCAUUGAAGUCUACACGGCAGGUCUCAAGGAGGUCUGGCAAGUCCUGAUCGCUUUUACAGUCAUCGCCGUACCUCUUGCCAUUAUGAUCAAAGAAGUCGCUCUCCGGAAGGAAUUGGUGACUGAAUAUGGACUCAAGGACGAAGUUGAGAAAGAUAAUGUCACUGUGGAUGAUAACAAUGAACUUGCGACCGUAGCGACCGGGGUCGAGCAACCUAUGGCCAGAUGA